GUUCGCAGCUCUUCGGCGUCGGCGGCUCGUGGCACGGAAAAACGGUGAAACCGCGGAAAAUUCAACAUCGCCCGUCUACACACACACACACAGUCACAAGCGACAGUGUGUUCCAUAUGUGUAAUCAAAUCGUUCGGAGCCCCGCCGUUUAUAUAUAGAAAAUUUCAACGCACGCAGCUCUGAGGAAAACUAAGAUACGAAAAUAAAUUACGAAAAUCGUGGCCACUUUUCAAAGGCGCACCGAAAGAAUAAAAUUAAUAGAAUCGCGCUUUCGCGUUAAUCGCAGUUAUUAUCGUAGUUAUUAUUCGCAUUACGCAUACGCCCCGUGUGCCGUUCGGCGUGUUUGUGUGCCUGUGCGCGGUGGAGAGCGAAAAGAAAAGCUCUGCUUGCGUCGCAGUCGACGCUGCGACUCCACCCUAAAUUGUAUAUCAAUUUUGAAGUGAUAUUUCGUGUUUCUCAAAGUGUACCGCCUGCCAGCUUGACCAUAAACGGGGCCAAAUGCCACGAUAUAGCCCCUAGGAACAAUACCAGUGAGAAUCGAAUCGACAAAAAAAAACAAGGAAAAUGCGAGAAAAAUGUUUGGUUUAUGCGAAAAGUUGAUGACACAUUUCGCUGUCAUUUUGACCGCAUUUUCUCUCUCCCAGCCGCUGUUGUUGUUGCUGAUUUGCGGGCCGCAUGGCGGCACCUUCCCCUCGACCUCCACCCCCUGGGGGGCGGAGGCCUCGGCGGCGGAUGAAGCCGUCGGCAAGUGGGCCACCCAGUUUGGCGACGAGCUGUUUGCGCUGGCGCAGAAGAUCACCAAGUCGCAGGAGAUCAAGGAGAAGUACAAGGAGUACAAUGCCCGUGUGGAGCUGAAAAAUGGCACCGAGCUGAUUAAGUCGAUUACGAAGAAUGUGGGCAAGAUGCUGGCGAGGAAAAUGGAUGCGGUGCGAUGCAUCCAGGAGCGGGCGGAAUACGUGAAUGAGAACUUUGAGUUUAAUCUCACUUAUGCGCGGCUGAACUACACCUACAUCUCUAGCAAGUUUUCGAAAUUUAAUGGAAAUAGUUCCGAGGAGCUGGAACCGAAUGAGGCUCAGAACGCCAGGAUGUAUAGGGAUAUGGAGUUGAAUCCGGACACACACUUCUACAAUACGCCAGUGGACACGGAACACAGUUCGGUGCACGUGCCAUCGAAUAUAUAUGAUCGAUCGGAGCGUGUCCUUAAGACCAUUAUGUGGUCAGAGCAUCUGGACGAGGUGUUUCGUCAGAACUACCAAUCCGAUCCGGCCUUAUCUUGGCAGUACUUUGGCUCCGAUACGGGAAUACUGCGGCACUAUCCCGCUGCCCAAUGGACUGAUACCAGAGCAAAUCGGGAUGAUGCCGACACCUAUGAUUGCCGCAAGAGGUCUUGGUACAUUGAGACGGCCACCUGCUCAAAGGACAUUGUCAUUCUGCUGGAUCAUUCGGGUUCGAUGACGGGUUUCCGGCAUCAUGUGGCAAAGUUUACCAUUCGCAGCAUCCUAGACACUUUCUCCAACAAUGACUUUUUCACCAUCCUGCGGUACUCGAGUGAGGUAAACGACAUAAUACCCUGCUUCAAUGGAGCCCUCGUCCAGGCGACACCCGAAAACAUAGAGGUCUUCAACCAGCAGAUCGAACUGUUGGACGACCCGGAAGGUUAUGCUAAUCUCACCUUGGCCUACGAGACGGCCUUCCAACUGCUGCGAAAAUACUACGAUAGUCGUCAUUGUGCCACCAAUUCCACCUGCAACCAGGCCAUCAUGUUGGUCACCGACGGAGUGGCUGGAAAUACCACCGAAGUCUUUCAGAAGUACAACUGGGGCAACGGCGAAAAUGGAACCUCACAGAUGGACACCCGUGUGUUCACCUAUCUGCUGGGCAAGGAGGUCACCAAGGUGCGCGAGAUCCAGUGGAUGGCCUGCCUUAAUCGGGGCUACUACUCGCAUGUCCAAACUUUGGAUGAGGUCCACGAAGAGGUGCUGAAGUACGUCGAUGUCAUUGCCACGCCCUUGGUGCUACAGAACGAACAGCAUCCGCCCACCUGGACACACGCAUUCACCGACAAAACGUACGAUCCAAAAACUUCAAAUGAGAAACGACCUCGACUAAUGAUUUCCGUGGGAGUGCCCGCCUUCGAUCGCUUCUAUCGCCACGCCAACCGCACCAAUCCGAGGGCACGUUUGUUAGGAGUCGCUGGAACAGACGUGCCCGUGGAAGAUAUAGACAAGCUGACACUACCUUACAAGCUGGGUGUUAAUGGCUACUCUUUCGUGGUGUCCAACAAUGGAUAUGUUCUGCUGCAUCCCGAUCUACGACCCAUUGGGACCAAUGGGAAGAUGAAUCCGAACUACAACAGCAUCGACUUCACCGAAGUGGAACACCUGUUCGAGGACCAAAGUCCGCGGGAACCGGGCGAAUCUAUUCUACACAUUCGCAAUGCCAUGGUGCGCCACGAAGCCAAUGAGUUCAAGAGCAUAUCCGUCAAGUUUCACUAUGACAAGAUGCGCCGUGUUUCCGAGGAGAAGCAGGACUACUUCUUUGCUCCCCUGCCCAACACCCCAUUCACCUUGGGCAUCGUAAUGCCCAGCGAAUAUGGCAAAACGUGGAUCAAAGUUGGCGAGGAGGUGGAGAAAAAUAAGCACAUGAAGAUAAAUAUAUCGGAUUUCUUCGUCGGCGAAAACUGGAAAGUUCAUCCGGAUUGGGUUUAUUGCAAAUACCACUAUCUGGAGGGUCAUGAGUUUAAAACACCUGAGGCGGAGUUACGCGAGUUUCUGGGCAAGAUGCAGCACGAUUUUAAAUGGCCAGAGCAAUAUGCGGAAGAUGAAUCCGACUGGGACGACAAAGAUGAUCUGAACUGUGGCCGCAAAACGCUCGAUGAUGAUGCCUACUAUUGCAACAAGGAGCUAGUGAACCUGCUCAUCUUCGAUGCCAAGGUAACGAAUUCCAGCUACGGGGUUUGGCGAUUUGAGAGCGAUGAGGAAAGGCAGUUGAUAAAGCGUUUCGGUGCUGAUCUGCGAUUUGUGGCCACCAUGAGUGGCCUGACCCGCUGGCAGUUUAUCUUCGGAGAGGUUGAGGUGGACACGGAUCGGGAAUUCGGCGACUACCACACCACGGCCAUCGAUGAGACCUGGUACAAGAGUGCCAUCCUGCAGCACCACGAGGAUCGAUCGGAGAGCUUCGUCUUUUCGGUGAAGUACUACGAUGAUCCAAUGGAGGACAGCGAGGUCAAGGUCACCGCCUCGCAUGCGAUCUUUCCGAGGGAUGGUGGCAAGGAGGCUCCUGCCUGCGUAGUGGGCUUCCAGUUUUCGCACGCCCGGAUGUGGGAGCGCUUCUUCACCAUCACCGCAGUGGAUCAUUGCAACCACUGCUUGCCCAUCUGCACUGAUGACGACGUGGAUUGCGUGGUGAUUGACAAUAAUGCGUACAUCGUGAUUGGACAGAAUAUCAAUACCACAGGCAAGUUCUUUGGCGAGUUCCACGGCGAUGUUAUGACUGCGAUGGUGGAAAGGGGCAUCUUCCUCAGCAUAGAGGUCUACGAUUACCAGGAGCAAUGCAAGGAGGAGCCAAAGGCGGGUAGCGAUGGCCACGGCCUGCUGCAUCCCCUUCGACUGUUAAGUUUCGGCUGGAAGUGGCUUGUGGGACGACUCUUCUUUCAAUAUCAGAGAAUUCAAUGGUGGGCUGAUGGAGCGCCGUUUAUGGAGUAUACAGAUGAGAUUGAAGACGAGUACGUAGCCGUGGGUGAUGGUGGAAAGUCUUCGGCUUCUAAGCCAAAAGAUGAUAGUGACGAUGAAAACGCCAUGUUUGAUGAGCCCGAACCCGAUCCCAUCUAUAAGGCGUGUGACAAGCGAUCCACUCUUUAUGCACUGCAGCCAUCUGCCCUUGUGGGCAUCAAUGACUUUGUGGAGGCGCCUUCUACUCGACCCUUCUUGGUCAAGAAGAUCCCGAACUCCAAUCUGGUGCUGGUGGUGGUCAAUGUCCUGAUGCCGUCCCGUAGCGUUCGCCUGAGCACCGAACCCCAGCGGAUGGAAUACGAUAAAGAAUUCCCCUGCUAUAAGCUCAACAUGAGCUUCUACGAACGGCGGCGCAUCGAAGAGUGUUAUACGGUACACGAAGAUGAGGAACUGUACACCUAUUGCGGCAAUGCCUCGCGGCUGGGUUUGACGCUUCAGCUAAUGCCGCUGACCAUAAUUUUAGUGUUUCACCUGACGUACAGCUUUAUGCGUUAGAUUGUAAACCAUGCCAUAGUCCAAUACUUUGUCGGAUGUUUAACAACAACGCGUAACAAAGAAAAACUGGCACAAUCUUCGGUACUUAAACCACUAUAAGCAAGAACAAUUUCAACUUUUAGACUUACAAACUGCGCCAAAAAUUAUGAAACUGGGUCUUACUUUAUUUUAAAAAUGUAGUAAAUGAUGGAGGCCGCUGUAAACAGAGGAGACUACUUAAAGACCAACGAUUUCACACGAUGAGUUUCCCUGUUCCCAGCUGCUCCUUCAACAGUUUCUUAGAAUCAUAAUGAAUGCAAUGUUUUAUUAUAUACAAUACAUACCUAACGCCUAACGCCUAUAGAAAAAAACCCACGUUUCAAUGACUAUUUUGAUAGAUUAAUAUGGUGCAACCAAUGCCAAAUAUUAAAUGAAUAAAUU